AGUUUCUGCAAAAUGUGGAUGCAUUAAUUGUUUAUGUUUAUGUAUGUUAGUCUUACUAGAGAUUUUUGGGUAUAUCUUGGUGUAUUUAAUAAGAAACUAUGUGGUGUUGGUAUACUUUUAUUCAUAUAUAGUUCCUCUUUAUCAGUUGAAGGCUGUUUUAGUAGUGAAAUUUUCGACUGAAUUAUUUGUAUUUUCAUUUAUUUUUACAGUUUUUCUCUUUUAAAACAAAAUGGUUAAUGUUAUGCUUCUAAGUUCUAACCUUUUAUUAUUAAUUUCUACAAUUUUGGUACUGUGUUCAACCUCACGAGUUUUUGGGCUUUUUAUUUUGCGCAAUGAUAAUUCUUUUUUUUUUUAAACGACGCAAUGAUUAUUCUUAUAUGUAAUUUUUCUUUUUGAAUCACACACACUUGUAAUUUUCUUUAUGAACAAUUCAAAGUUGCAGAUUUUUUUGUUUGUUUUUUUAUUUAUCUUGUUCAUUUUCUCUCUCUUGGCUUCCCCCCCGGCCCAGAACAUGCAUUAACUAUUUCCUUGUUUGAGGAAAGUAUUGGUUGAUAGAAUCUUUCCUAGCCCUUAUUAUUGUCGUGAAUUACCCAGCCCUUCUCCACCAGCCCAUCUUCCUCCUUUUUCCCUUUCCUCCGUCUGCCCCCCUCUUUUCCUUCGCCUCUUCGCCGCCCCCUAAUUUUGUUGAAGACAUAUUUCUACAAUUUUGUUACUGUUCUACCUCACCAGUUUUUGGCCCUUUUAUUUUGCGCAGUGAUAAUUCUUAUAUGAUGACUUAUCAAAGUGAAAUCAUGAUAACAAUGCUUUAUCUCCUCGUCUUGACCAUAUCUCGAGUCAAUGGUCAAGACGCUGAUCCACCACUCAAUAUUACAUUCAUCACUGAUGCCAUAGCAAAAGGCGCAGUUUGCUUGGAUGGAAGCCCCGGGGCAUACUAUUUUGCUCAGGGAUUCGAAGAUGGAGUCGACAACUGGAUCGUUUAUCUCCCGGGUGGAGCAUGGUGCAAUUCAAAGGAUGAUUGCCUCCGCAGAAGCAAAACUGGAGGAGCUGAUGGUUUAGGGUCUUCCAAAAAUGCAGCUCCUAAAACUUUGCUUCCCAUCGAAAGUCCAAACAAAAGUAUUAAUCCAGAUUUCUACAACUGGAAUAAGGUUUACAUCCGGUACUGUGACGGUGCAUCGUUUAUGGCAGAUGUCGAAGCCGUCGAUCCGGAAACACAACUCUACUUGAGAGGCCGCAGAAUAUUCAUUUCUGUAUUGGAAGAGCUCAUGGCUACUAAAGGAAUGGCAAAUGCUGCUAAUGCUUUACUCGUCGGAGACUCGGCCGGCGGGCUGGCAACGAUCCUAAAUUGUGAUCGUUUCAGUUCUCUUCUCCCUAUGGCUCGUCGAGUAAAAUGCAUUUCAGAUUCCGGCUUCUUCAUACAGGCGAAAGAUCUCCCUGAAGAUAAUGCCAGAAGAUAUUUUGCCAGCAUAGCAGCCUUUCAUGAACUAGCCGAAUUUUUGCCGGAGUCAUGCACACAGAGAAUGGAUCCAGGUUUGUGCCUUUUUCCAGAAAAUGUGGUCGAUGAUAUCCAGACGCCGCUGUUCCUGUUAAAUUCUGAUUUUGACAUAUAUCAAAUAACCUACCAGAUAAAUCCAAAUCCUCCUGACGAGGAAGGCUGGAAAAAUUGCACGAAAGUAUUCCAGAAUCUUCAUUAUUGCACAGCCAGCCAAUUACACAUCAUAAUGGAUUUUCACACUGCUUUUCUUGAAACCGUGGCGGGACUGAAUGAUAAUCCGACAAGAGGAUUAUUCAUUAAUUCUUGCUACAUUCAUGAUUUUGUUUACAUCCAAUCCAAUUGGCAAGGAACACCCACUUUGCAGAAUAAGACAGUCCAACAAGCCUUUGGAGACUGGUAUUUUGAAAGAAGCAGUGUUCAACUCAUAGACACUCAACAUCCAUAUCCUAUUAAUUGCAAUACGCAAAUUGUUUAAACAAUACUCCCUUCGUUUCACAAUAUGAUACUUAUUCAAAGAAGAAGAAGGGAGAAGUCAUGUAGCGAAUGAUGUAUUUAUGUCGCCACCAUCACUUUUAUUUUCAUAAUUUAUACUAGCGCCGUUUCUUAUUAAGU